AUGCAAUUCCGGUAUAAUUCUUCCUUUAUAGUCUUGCAGACGCAUCUCCUUGAGUUGGUCGGGCACCAACGUGAGACACGUGGCCAGGCCGUCGUCCUUGUCGUGUUGGUUUGUUGGAUUGAUCAUCAGCUGCACGGAAGGGUUAGACCGGCAAAAGCCACGACACGCAGGAGAAGUGCGAAGAGAAGGGCGACAACUACGAGUGGUGCGGCGCCACGCCGGAGCCGACGGUCACGCCGCAGCCCACUCCCGAGGCGCCCACGUUCGACCCGGCGGCCGUGACGUGUAGUAAUUACGCUACGUACGAGACGGACCCGAACCUGAAGGUCAUCUCCUGCAUCGGCGAGGACGCCUGCAAAGAUGAGGACAAAAGCCUCGACGUCGCGACGAGCAGCUCCAAGAUCGGCGUGCUGGUCAUUUGCGACGGGAAAGCCGCCUGCUCGGGCAACGUGAAGCACAAAAUGGACGCCGGGAAGGUGGUGCCCGUCGUCGUCCUUUGCUGCGGCGAGGACGCGUGCAAGGGCAGCAACUACAAGUUCGAGGUGAAGGACUGGGCGACGGGCGUGGCCGCGUACGCCCACUGCAAAGAGAAGAACGCGUGCACGGACGCGAAGUUCGAGGUCAAGGCGGGACACUCGCUCCACGUGAAAUGCGGGGGGCCGGCGUCGAAAAAGACCUGCGAGAACGCGAAGGUCGAGGUCAAAGGGAGCGGCGUCGCGACCUGCAGCGGCAACGGGUGCUCGAACCUCGCGAGUGGUUACCCCAAGCGCCGCCUCGACGCCGCCGCGCCCGCGGACACCGACUCGUAG